AUGCCCCCGCAUUUCGUCACCUUUCUCCUCACCUCCUCAGCGACUCGUUUCUCUCAUUCACCAGCGGAAUCCCCAGAUACUCAAUUGAAACCUUUUUCCCCGACGAAAUCAAGAGAGAGAAAAUAUUCCACCGGACUUGGACUGCGAAAUAGCGAUCGAAAGACAAGGCGAUAUGUCUCAACUCACCACCGAGAAAGCCCACCACUCCUAAGUUGCACCUUCCUCGCCGAGCUCCCAGUCCAUCAUCGAGAACAGGACUGAGCCCUCCCCGGCUGCUGAAGUCGACAAUGGCCAGCAGCAGCGACAGACAUUCACCAAUACGCCCCCGUUGCCUCUGCGCUCGUCCCACAACUACGAACAGGACAGUGCUCGCUUCUCCGGCUUCUCUGCGGAAAAGGCUGCUGAGAAGAGGGCCGGAUCGGACGGCGGUGGCAAGCCGGCCCAUCAUGCGAGACAAAAUAGCUUCUCCCGGGAGGAUCAGAAACGUCUGGCGCAUGCCUUCAUGAUGACCGAGGGUGAUGAGAAGAGCUUCGCGGAGAAGGAUUAAUGGCUUGGCCCGGGAACAAGCCCUUGCCACCCCCAGUUUUCCCUUUCCCACUUGUGAAUUGAUGGACAGAAUGGGAGGGGAUGGUGAAAGGAAUUGAGAAAAUAAGGCAAAGGAUUACACGAAAGGGGCAGACGUGAAGGAAAGCUUUAGGGAUCAUGACGCAUCAUUCAUUAUCUUUAUUAUUAUUACUUGUACUUUCUUGUCGCGAGGCUGUAGGGGAAAUGUAAAAUCUCCGGGAUCAUGGCUCUUGUUCCUGGUGAAGGGGCGGCUCAAACCGCCUGUAGCUUUCCCUGUGAAGGCGUCACUCCCUCUUUUUUCUUUUCUUUUCUUUUCUUUUUUUCCCCUGAUUACUCGAGUACGGUACUGUUUGACACCUCUCUCUUCUCGAGUCUCACUUUACUCGAGUAGAAAAACUGCUAGUCAUAUUGGGGGAUGGCAAGUGUAGGGAUUCGACAGCUUCUCCUGGUCGCUUUUCUUUUUCUUUGACAACUCCUAAGUACUUGUAUUAUUGUCUUUGAUUUUCCGCCGCCGCUGAGCGCCAUGUUCUCGGGUGAAGUAUUGGUCUUAACA